AAUAAUCAAAGUUAUGUUUUUUUUUAACAUUUAAUUAUAUGGUAGUUGUAUUUUUCACAUAUAGUUUACUUUUGCCAAUUUUUAGGGCUACGCAGUCGGACUUGGCUGGAUUUGGGGAUUCUAUUGGACGUGUUUGUUGGAUGUGUCCGCAAAGCACCGUUAUGGAGUCGCAUUCAUCAUCGGAGGAGGUAACAAAGUACAUUCUGCAUGCUAUGGUUGGAUGCGUCGAUGUAAAUGCUAGUAUCAUGUUCGCGCCAAUCUUUCAAGACCAACAUUGGAUGCUACUUGUCAUAUGUCCCUUGCCUGGGAUAGUUUAUAUCUUCGAUUCUGCCAGCUAUCACAAACAGCGGAAGUUAAAGCUUAAAUUGCCUAUGAUAGCUGCUUUUAGGAGGUUUCGGAUGAGCGGCCACAAAGUUCGUCGAGAGAAGCUUUUGUGGAAAUAUGUUGAGUGCCCGCAACAACAAGGAGGCACGGAGUGCGGUUAUUUUGUGAUGCGGUACAUUUUUGACGUACUCGCUUCAUAUUUUGGUUCGUUGGAUAUGGACAAAGUUGCUCAAACCUUUACCAAAGAUCCUUAUACGGAGGAUCAAAUCAAUGAGGUGAAGAAUAAGUGGGCAAGAUACUUUGUUGAUGAGUGCAUUGCAUAGGUUAGUUAGUUUAUGUUAAUAUUCUUUUUUUUGUUCUAACUUUAGACGAACAUAUACAUUAUUGCAACUUGUACAACCAACUUUGUAGUGAUGGAUUAUCAUGAUAUAUAAAUAUUUUUGUUGGA